GGAAAUUGUUGCAUAGCACAUAGCACAUAGCGCGACCUUCAGGGCCACCGUAGAUAGAUCUAUGCAAGAUCAACAUCUACAACAACAAUAGCAGCUUUCUGAUAUCACUGAGGGAGUGUUCUACUGUCCAUGACUUGUAGAUCUAAUGGAUGCUUUAGUUGACGGAUCCCAUUACCUGUGGAGGCCUAGGGAGUGUUGUCCAGGACUGGGAUCUAGCAUCAUUGCUGUGUGUGAUCCAAGCACUGAGCUGUGGAGCCUCUUGCCCACCACUGGACCUCUACCCCCUGGAGAGUGGGGUGGUCGCUCUGUUUGUGUAGGUCGUUGCCUGUACACUUUUGGUGGUCAUGAUGGGUCUUCUUACUUCAAUGACAUGAGCAAGCUUGAUCUGGACACUCUCAAGUGGACCACAAUUCAAUUUUCUGGUAGUCAGCCUAUGAAAAAGGCUUUCUGUGGACUUGUCCGUGUGAAUAAGAGAACUCUGUGCUGCUUUGGGGGACAAGGUAUUAAGGGCACCUCACAACCAGGAUCAACAUUCAUCAAGACUGGACGAUCUGACGGAAGUGGGUGGACAAACGAGUUCCAUUUCUUUGACACACAAAAUGGUGUCUGGUCGUCCCCUGAGCUCAGAGGAGAGAGACCUCCUCCCUGUAGUGGCUUCACCUUCACUAUGGUGGACCAGCACAGGGCAGUCCUCUUUGGAGGGAACCAACCUGACCGUGUUGUGGUCAAUGAAGUCUACAUGUUUGACUUUAGGACAAUGGAGGUCUCUAAGGUGAAGCCAGUACAUGGAGAGCCAUGGCCAGUGGGGAGGUCACACCAUGCUGCCUGUUGUCUCAACUAUGGCCAGGACCACCCUCAACUACUGAUGUACGGUGGACUGGAUAAUGAUGGCAAGACACUGGGGGACAUGUGGAUACUUAAUGUUGACACUGGGAAGUGGACAGAGGUGACACCUCCUGAGUCAAUGACGCCACGUCACUACCACUCCAUCACUGCCACCAGUCUGGGACCAGGACUCACUGAGGUCCUCGUGUUUGGAGGCUUACAGAAGAAUUAUACGACUGUUGCUAAGACCACCAUUCUGAGAUUUGAGUUGACUGGACCCUCAGCGUCUUCUGCUGGACCCUCAGCUGGGAAGUGGGCUCUCGUGAAUGUGGCCCACAAUCACACUAGAGGUUCCGCCCAGCGACUUAGGGAGAAGAGGCUCAAACAAGCAACUGCUCGUGCCUCAUCAGUCAGUGAGACCAGCGACCACUCUUUUCAAGACCGGGUGAGAGCUCUGGAACAACAGUUACGAGCAGCAGAGCGGAGAGAGCACAACACUCAACGUCGCCACCAACUACAGUUACAAGAGAAAGACCUUGAAUUGGCUACACAAGCUAGAGAAUUGACCGAGGCCAACCGUCGUCAUGGAGAUGCGGAGGAAAGAACACAGCUGGCAGAGCAAAGAGAGCAAGCUACACAAUUACUUUUGCAAGAGAAGAAUCGUGAAUUAGCUACACAAGCUAGUGAAUUAGUCACUAAAAAUCAUGAAUUGGCUGAGGCGAACCGUCACCAUGGAGAUGCACUCAGGAAAGUUCAACAAAUAGCCCAAGAAGAAUUGGCUAUUAAAGAUCGUGAAUUGGCUGAGGCCAACAGAAGAGAAGCUGACCAAAUCACAGCUCUAGAGAGGGAGUUAGAAGGCAAGACGAAAGAGUUGGCAGCACACAACACAGAGGUGUGGAGGAUUCCGGCCCACAGAGUGAUCAUUGGCAGGAGGAUUGGCAAAGGAGGGUGGGGGGAGGUGCUGGAGGGAACAGUGAGCGUGGCCGUCAAGCGACUACAUGAAGAAAUUGCAUACCCAAUUCACGUCGACAAAAUGGUGAAAGAAAUGAAGCUUUUGGCUGAAGUGCGACAUCCAAACCUUGUGCAAUUCAUUGGGGCUGUUUUUGAUGAGCAAGACAAUGAAUCCCCUCCUACCCUCAUCACCGAGCUUCUGGAUAUGAAUCUCCGACAAGCGUACGAGAGGAAUCAACUGGACCCUGGAAACCGCCUCUCGGUCUUCAUGGACAUUGCCCUAGCUCUGAACUACCUCCACCAGCGCUACGAUCCCAUCAUCCACCGUGAUGUGAGUGCUCCCAAUGUCCUCCUCCAGCGAAUGCCCAAUCACCAGUGGAAGGGGAAGGUCUCUGACCUCGGCUCAGCCAACUUCCUGCAGCAUGCUCAUACGAUGGGAGAGGGGGCCAUAAUCUACUCCCCUCCUGAAGUCAUGCCUCAGGCCGCAGAUCCGUUUAAUCCACCUCCAAGACAGUCUGUCAAGAUUGAUGUGUACAGCUACGGCAUUGUCCUUUGUGAGGUGAUCGCUAGUCGAUUCCCAAGUGCUGAACAUUAUCGAGACAUGAUUCUCCAAGUACAGAGAGAGCAACCUGUUAUGUGUGAGCUGAUUGUCCGCUGCACUAAGAGAGAGCCCAGCCAUCGACCCAGCAUGGCACAGGUGAUGGUGGAACUGAACAAAAUAGCACCCUUUUAACUAUGAACAAUGUGAACACUUAUAAUUAUCUAUAAUUAUAUAUAGUACUGUCUUUUUCUUAAAUUGAUUUCUAAUAAGUUUGUGCAUUUAUUUUUAUUUUUAGAUUUGGCUUUUGUAGUGUGUGUUAGCACUAGCUCUCCUAUUAUGAUGAUUACUAUUGACCUUAU